CAACUUUGUGUUUACAUACUUGGAGUGAUCUUCUGGUUCCCGGUUGGCCCUAAUUUCGAAACUACAUUUGCUGAUUACAUGAUAAGUCUUUGGUCAACAGGAAGUAAAGAUGACCAUCCUUGGAGCCCAGCUUGUGUUCAGUCUCAUCGUUUUUAGCCUUUUGCAGAAAUUGGCAAAACAUUUCUCCUUUGGGCGAUGGCUUCUGUGUGGGAAGUUAUUCCGUUUUUUACAUCCUACCGAUGCUCAAAUAAGAGAGGUUGCUGGCCUGGCUUCCUCAACUGCACCAAACAAGGCUAAAAACAGAAAAUUUGAUAAUCGUAAGGAUAAGGCUGGUGCUGGAAAUGCUGAAGGUUUCUCUGUACCAAGGAGCAUUCCUCUUGAACUGGAUACUGCUCCAGUGGAACUUAUAGAUCUCUUACAGCUGAAGUUUUACGACGAGUAUCAAUGGCUUAUGGAUUUUUCAGUAUCGGCAGUAGUUGUGUACAUAUUAACAGAGAUCUAUUUCACCUUAGGUCAGAGGUCAGAAAUGAAUAUCAGUAUUCUCUGGUGUCUCCUAGCAGUAGGAUUCUGUCUGCGGCUGUUAGUUGCCCAGACAGCCAUGUAUUUUAAGUCGGACGAGGGUGGAGAGAAGAUCCUAUGCGUUACAUUUGGUUUCUUCUUUCUGGUAGUUGCUAUGGGAGUAUUAGUGAUUGACUCGGGUACAUUGGAACUUGGAUUGCAGGAGGGAUACAGCAAUUUUUCGGAAAGUGCAACACAGUUUCUAAAAGAACAAGGGCUAGAAUCUCAUGGACCUGUAUCAUUCUUGACCUUCAAAAUCAUCUUGACAUUUCUAUGUUCUUUUAUAGGUGCACUUUUAACAUUUCCCGGACUACGCUAUGCAAAACUACAUCUUGACACAUUAAAAUACUACAAAGAACAGCGAGUCAUGCAAGCACUUUUACAACUGAAUUUUGUUAUGCCCAUCAUCAUCCUAUUGAUGUGGUUCAAACCUAUUGGGAGAGACGUCAUAUGUGCAAAGCACUGGAAAGUGACAUAUCAACUAAUGAAUGAGCCAAUGUUUGAAAUUUGGAGAAUCAGUCUGAUUGUUAUUUUCAUAGUAUUACGUCUUUGUCUCCUGACACCACAUCUACAAAGCCAUCUUAAUGUUGCUUACAUUCGACUGGAGAAUCUGAAGAAAGAAACUGGUCGAGUUAACAGUAGAGACCUACAAAAGAUGGUGGCUCGUGUAUUCUAUUAUCUCUGUGUUGUGGCACUGCAGUAUAUAACCCCUCUAGUAUUACUUUUGUUUCUGACAUUUUUACAAAAGACUCUUGGAGACUUCUCCUGGUCGGCCAUGUUUGGAGAGAGUGUGGAGGAUUAUGUUACAUCCCUCAGUGUAGGAAAGGCUAACAUUGCUCCUACCAAUGCUACUACACCUAUUAACGAGCCAGACAGUGUGACAGAGGCGGUCGCCCAAUUCUCCUGGGCCAUGACAAACCUGAGACUGGUAUUCUCUCCCCAGUGGUAUCGUGGACUCCUGGCCUUCGUGGUGUGGUGGGUGGGAGCAAGCUGGUUUACAUGUACAGCCUUUGGAAUCUACUACUACUCAAAAAUUUCUUCUUAACUUUUAUCUUCAUAUAACGGGGGGCAAAAAAAUAUCUUUAUGUAUACCUGGUACUUAACAUAUUUUUUCACUUUAAAUUUAAAAAAAAAAUGUUGUUGCUCCAUGAUUUUGUUCUUAUGAUGAUCUUUUAGAAGUGAUUUUCAUGAAUGAAUAUAAUUGUUCGGGAAAUAACCAAAAAAUCUAGUAAAAUGAUAUUUAAAUAUGCAUUUUAAUUGAGGAUCAUUUCAGCAUAAAAUUGUACAAUCUAGGUCUAAAAAGUCAGGUUAAUUUCAGUACUGCUAUCAUUUACACUGAACAAAAUACUGUCAUACAUACAAACUUAUAUUUUGUGUAAAUGACAAAAUGUUCCUCUUAGGUAAUCACAGAAUGAUAGAAACAGGAAUUGUUUUCUUAGAGUGAUUCUAGAUUUCGCAAGAUUGAGUGGGUUGCAAUUUUUUUUAUGUUUUCAAAAUGUCUGUUUUAAUACUGUAUUCUUGUCAUAAUGUUUUCAUUCUGAAAGAACAUACAAAAUGUACUUAAUUUUUUUUACUGCGAAAACUGUGAGCUAUAGCUAAAAUAAUUAAGUUACCAUCACAGUAAUGUUAAAAGUUAUAGAUUUCUGUAUACAGUAUAUCUUAUUUGUGUAAUCCCCUAGAUUGUACGUAUUAUUUAUAUUUCAUAGAAUAUUAGGUCAUGUUGAAUAUUCAUGUUUCUUGUAAGCUGUAUAGCCUUGAAUUCAGGUACCUACUCUAACUUGAGGCAUGCAGUAUCCAAAAGCGUGUUAAAAUUAGAUAAUAAACAAUGGUAAAGCAAUCUUAUUUUUUUUUUACCUAUAGAUAUAUUUAUUUGUAUGAGUAGGCAAAUUGAGAAAAAAACAUUGUAUCUACUGGUCACAAAUUGUCAGUAGCUUCCUUUGAGGUAGAGUGGCCCAAUCAUGUGUUAGUGCUCUUUGGUAUUUCUAAUUUGUUAGUCAUUCUUUUUUACUUGAAUUAUUUGCUAAUUUUUGAGUAAAAUAUAAAAAUAAAUUUAUCCUUAUUCCUUAUUUCACAAAAUAGUUUGGCUCUGCUAUGAGAUUUUGAUCCCUGGACGUCAUGGUUAUAAAGUAGGGAGCUCAACCACUGUGUCAAUGGUCAGGAUAUCUGUUACCUGUAAUACUUAUCUGUAGCUAUACUGAGGACAAUUUCAAAUUGUUUUAACUCCCUAAAAGGGCCCUCAACCUAUAAUUACCUUUGUAUUAUUGUUGAGGAAAUAACUUCAAUUAAACAAAGUAACUUUUUGAGGUCUGUAUAUAGUAGAAUAGUGUAAGGAGACACUAAACUACUUAAAGCUUUUGUAAAAUUAAUGAGACAGGAAUCAUGAAUCCCUUUGGCUGGUAAAAAUUGGUGCAUAGGUAUUUUACUCUUAUUGUUUUAAAAAUGUCAUGAUCUUCUGAGGUAGCUACAGUUUAUACAAUAACUAUUUAAGUUCCAAUCAAACUGUAAUGUUCCAGCAUUUGAUAUUCAACAUGUAGUAGCUACAACCCUUAUACAGUGUAUUUUUAAAUGUACAUUAGAUUUGUGUGUGUUGUGUGUGAAAAUGAUAAGAAAAUUUUGCUCAUUUAUAUUUUUUUUAUUUGGGUGCACUUGGAUGUAAAAGUGCAAUCUCAUUAAUCUUGAUUUUCAAAAAAUGAAUAGGAGAUUUAUAAUAGACGGAUUGAAGUUAUGGUUCUUUUUAGGUUUGUACUUGGUAUACGCAAUUCUGUUACCUGUGUUUGUGUGUUUUAUGUUUAGUAGUUAAUAUUUGAAUUUUUCAUUAAAACAUUAAUGCAAAGCAUGAGGUGGUUGGUAUCAUAAAUACUCUACAUCAGGAUAUUAGUACAUACAUUUUGAGACCUUCUUGCCAUUGCUUUAUUUAAAAAAAUCCAUGGUUGAUCUGUAUGUUUUAAUCCAUGGUUGAUCUGUAUGUUUUUUAACUUCAACUCUUUGACAGUUGAUAAUCCUCAGAAAUACAUUGAACGUUUUACCUGGAAUUGUAUGUAAUUCACAUUGAAAUCUGAUAAAGAUGUUGAGGAUACUAAACAAAAAUAUUUUAGCUGUGUAAAAGUGUAACCAAUGAAUUAUGAUAGUGAUUAAUGAGAUGGGGACAUACGCAUCGUUGUUAUUUAAAUGCACAUGAGCAACAUAGAUAAUUAGCAAUACAUGUACCAAGAUAUUUAUAAAUGGCUUGUUUGUGAGGUUUGAGCAAGAUUGAGCAUUGACAUUUACACAGUAUGGCCUGUUUUCAAAACCGUAUUUGUUAAAUAAAUUAAUUCUGAUGUUGGUGCUUUCGGAAGAGUUCUGUGAAUAUAUAUAUAUAUACUAGUUUUUAUUUGCUGUAAGUGGAAAUCUAAUCAUUGUUGUUGUUGUUUUCCUUGGUUUCUCAGUACACAUUGUAUUAUGAAUUAUAUUAAAUCUGAUUCACUUAUAUGUUAUUACACUCACGACUUUAAAUUUGAUUAAGAAAAGUAUCUUAUAAAGGUACUCUACCCGUAUUACAAACAUCUCAUACCCGUAUUACAAACAUCUCAUACCCGUAUUACAAACAUCUCAAAACCACUAAUGAUAUACUAGAUCAUAAUUGGUAAAGACGUUUGUAAUAUAAUUAUGGUACAGGUGCUGAAAGACUUGGUCCUGUUUUAUUUGGCACCUUAUCACUUUAAUACUGUUAUAAAAUGUUUUAGUACAGGUAUAAAACAUACAUGAUAAGAUUUAUAGAUCACUUCAAUAAUCCCAGACAACAUGCUUUACCAAUCGAUUGAAUAUAACACUUUAAAUAAGUCGGUAUGUUUUUAAUUUCUCUCCAUGUGUUCAUCAAUGGUAUGUAUGUGUUGUGGUUUGUAUGUCUUUAAUUUCUCUCCAUGUGUUUAUCAAUGGUAUGUAUGUGUUGUGGUUUGUAUGUUGCUGCUGAGGAAUGUAUUCAGGUUGGUCCUGCAUGAUACCCUAGAUUGUCUGUUUUCAUACAGUUUUCAAUAAAAACCAAAUUUUCUUA